GAUACAAAGCCGGGCGAGGAGAGCGUCCCGCACACAUACUGCGGGCUGGGACGGCGGGGCUUUGAGAGCCGGCCCCCUUCUCCAACAUCGCGCCCCGGCAUCGGGAGCGGGGAGAGGGAGAGAGGAGCGCGGUGGCUGGGGGGAGAGGGGGUGUCGCCAGGGGAACAGUUGGGCCUGGAGCCUCCCCUACAGGCUGUAGCCGAGGGAGGAAAGGGGCAGGGACCGGGAAGGGGGAGGGGAGACGAGGCUUUGCCCGGCACACAGACUACGCGGGGCGAGGCAAUGGCCGGAACGAGCCAAUCCGCCUCAUUGCCUUUCCCACCUCCCGCCGGGAAACCCCAUCGCCACCGCCCCUCCCUCCCGCGCAUGGCUCCGGCGACGCCCCGGGGCCUGGGCUCCGGCCAACACAGAGCCGCACAGCGGCGCGGCGCGGCCCGGCCGGCCGGCGUGCCCCCCUCCCGCGGAGGCGGGGUGUUUGCGCGCGUCCCCUCGCCCCUCCAGCCGCUCUUAUGCAACACAAGGCAGCCGCAGCCCCGGCCCGGCCCCGCUCCCUUCCCUCCGCUGCGGCCCGCCCCUCUCCCCGCGGGGAAUGUUUCACUAGUUUGCUUUAAUUCCCGGGACCCAAGAUGGAGGCUGCGCUGGGGCCUGGCGGGCUCCUGCUGCUCCUCCUCGGCCUGGGGCUGCUCGGCCCCGCGGCUCCGCAGCCCGCCGCCGCCCCCCCACAGUCCUUCAGCCAGGAAAACAUCAGAGUUAAUGUUACUAUGUUGAAAACCAGUGGGGAAUCUCAAGAAGCACAGGUUGUCUUUAAUAUCACCUACAACAGUGGACAGAUUUAUGUAAAUGACUUUGCUAUGAAGAGAGGUGUCACCCGGAUUAAGUGUCAGACUUUAAUAUUGGAAACUGGAAACUCUGAUAACCUAUUGGAUCAAAGGCAUUUGGGAAUUGUUAGUGUUCGCAUCAUGUUUCGUGAGUGGCCCUUGGCAUCCAGAUCGAAUUUGCAAUUGAUUGUCAUUCAGGAAGAGGUGACGGAAAUUGAUGGGAGAGAGGUUCAGCAAGAGGAGGUUACUGAAAUAAACAUAUUAAUUAAGGGCCUGAAAGUACUUAGACAUUCAAACCAUUCUGUUCCUCUGAAGGAAAGCAUGCUGUAUUCCAUCCCCAGGGACAAGGACGUGUUGUUUACACUUCCCAAUCUCUCAGGAAAAGUAGAUGUUCAAGGCCCACUGCAACCAACCAGUCACUACCUCCUCUGGCAAGCAGAAACUACAGUAGAUGAAGAGACAUUACCUGGCAAGUUACCGGAGACUCCUCUCAGGACAGAGCCUCCAUCAUCUUAUAAGGUGAUGUGCCAGUGGGUGGAAUACUUGAGAAAAGAGCUGUGCGGGUUCUGGCUUAAAUCUUUCCCUGUGUUCUUUAAGUUGAUGGAAGUCAUUGGGACAGGAGUUGUAGGAGCAGCUCUCGUUUUAGGAAUCUUAAAAGUGCUUUUCCCUUCCUGCGAACACAAAGGAGUCCUUCACCUGGAGGCUAUCAACACUGCACCUGUGGUUGUGAUAAACGUCUCUUCAGAUAUUCCAGAGAAGACAGACAAUUUAGUGGAGAAAUGAUGUACUCAAUACCAUGCUUGCGUCUGAAUCUUUGUACCAAUCUUCAGUGGACCUAAAAGUUGGCACUGGAACUUUAAUACCUUAUUUGCUUCCUUUUAUGAAAAUAGUAUGUCAACUGAUUUAUGUUUAAAGGGACAUUUCAAGGUUGAGGCCCAAAAUGAUCUCCCCUCUUUCCACAGCCUCUUGCUCCUAAACAGCAGCAGCUUCCUACUAUGAGGGUUGUGACAAGUUUUAAUUUCUUUAAAAUACUCUCCCAGCAGAUAGGACAGGGAGCUGGCCUUUGUAUUCACAGAUAAGGCAGUUAGGUAAUGAAAUACAGAAUGUGCUAAUCUUCAAGCAUGGACUAAAGCACUAGAAGGAAGAGAUUACACACGUGCCUGCAAGCCAAAACAAAGGUGGUCAACCUGAUUUUAGACCUAUUACCCUUGACUGUGCCUUGUAAAAACAACAAUCGUUCUUACUAUUAAAAUAAGGAGUUACUAUAUAUGUAAAACAAGAUAUUAAGGCAAUUUUUGAUAUUUCAAGCACUUUAUUCAACAGCCACUUUCAUAUUAAGCCCCUUCCCUACUGAAAAUUGUAAGCCACUUAUAGAUGACUUGUUUACUAUGCUUUUUUGUAUAUCUUGUGGUAUUGUGUAAAGUUUCUCAGAAACAACACAAAUGUCUUACAAGACACUGGUUUACUAUCUUGAAUACAGGAGGCAUAGUUUUCUCACAGAUGUUCACAUAAAUUAACAUUUAAAUUGUUUACUACACUCACUGUACAUAUAAAAAUAUACUGAAAGGAAAUCAAACUGUAGAGAAGUGACUUGCAGGAAUACAUUACCUGAAGAAAAAAAAAACAGGCUGGAUUUUUAGCUUUCCAGUGGUAUUCCCGAACUAAUAGGAUUAUUUAAUAUUACAAGAAAGAACCUCACUAGAGAGUCAUGUGUGAUCUUGCUUUAAGAUUGAGGGCAGCGGGCCUUAGAAUAGUUGAUCUUUGGCCCUAUUUUAAAAUUUAAAUUUUUAAAGUAAAAUUCCUCAAUACGAUAAACUGGCACAUGCACAAACAGGAGUAGUAGUUAUCCCAUUUUAGAAGGCCACUCUCGAACUUUAAAACAGGACUUCUAUAGAAGUCUAGGACAUACUCAUUUGUACAUCACAAGCUUAUUUUAGAACACAGAUUCCUUCCCUAAGCAAGUCAUCUGCCAACAUUGUUUUUUUUAUUUUAAUAGAAAGUGUGCCAGAUAUGUUUAAUGCCUUGGUCUCCACUUUCUAAAGACAACUGCAACACUUGUAGACUGCAAACCUGACUCAGCGGCAGUGCUGGCAAAAUAGUCUGGUAUUAAUCAGAGUUGCCCAGCAUAUCCUAAGGAAAUGCUUUUCCCAAUGCAUCUUAAGUGAAGUCUUACUUUUUAGUUCAGUCAGACUUAAGUUUAAUUUAUUAACUGUUACAAGUUUCAGGGUUUUUGCACCUUAGUCUUGUCACAAUUUCUUUUAACAGAUGCAGGAACAUUUAAAAGGCAAAAUUUGCCACAGAUGAAUUGGCACCACUGUUUAGUGAAUCUUAUUCUUCCUAUGUUGAGAUUUGCAGUAUCAGGAUCUGACAAGCACAAAGACUACCAGUUUCUGUGCUAGUGAAAGAAUUCAUAUGAACCCCACUGGUGAACAGAUGCCACUAUUCAAUUAAAAUAAAACAAAAUGAAAACCAAAACAUUUGAUUGAUGACAUUCAUAUCUUUGAAAGGGAAGUAGAUAAAAGGAGACUUGUUCUGAGUAAAUUCAAAGAAGAGGCAGAAGUGACAUGCAAUUUAAAAAAUUACUUUAUUCAGAAUCAUGUUGCUCUUAAGUUCAAGAAAGUUAAAAAAAUAGCACUUAGUGCACAUGAACACUACCUUUUGUUACUUCUGAAGCUGUUUUAAGACAGGUUUCCCAGGGGAAGCUUGGUUAGGAAGACUUAGCAUGAUCCAAAUUCAACAAUCCAUUUUUCAUAUUUUUCAAUGUCCGCAGCAGAUACCGAUUUAGAAACCUUUCUUAAAGCCAUUUCAAAAUCCUCCAUAGUUGUAGGCAUAUGCAUUUCAUCCCUGGAAAGAUUUCGGAUUUCUUCUGGUGUCAAGCCUUCAAUACGCCUUCUCAUAGCCAUCAGUGAUGCAUCCCUAUACGUUAAGAGGAAACAACUCAUUAAUAUGGACAUUUAGUUGCUUAAGAGGCUACAAAGUUAGGCUUUAAAUUAAGUCACCACAUUCCAAUUGGGAGAACCAAAAAUUAAUUUUCACUAACUUCUGUUCUAUCUUAGUACUAAUAUGGCCCCUGAUUACUGUGGUAGCUAAGCACUUCACAAUUUUUAAUAUUUAUCUUCAUCAUACUCCUGUGAGGUCCGGAAGUCUCUUAUUCCAGUUUUACAGAUGGGGAACUGAGAGAGAGGUUAAAUGAUUGCCAAAGGUCAUACAGGAAGUAUGUGGUGGAGAAGGGAACUGAACCCACUUCUCCCAACUCCCAGACGAGUGGCUUACUUACUGGACCAUCCUUAUGUGCAGCAGAAUCUUUGAAACUGCACCCUUAGAACCAGAGAGCUUCAGUAACACCUAUCUGCAGUACUACUGAAAGUACAUUUACCUUGUACCUGUUACAUUACGCAGUAGUCAAAUUCUAGCUUGGAAUGUUGCUUUCAGCUAGCAAAACCACCUGUGGUUGGCUAAAGAUAAUUAAAUUGAUCUAAUUGUCUAGUGUAGAAGAGACCUUAGUUAUGUCAGUCAGGGGUAUCAAAAAUCCACACCUUUGAAUUCUUCCGUCAAUUUAACUACUGCCUCUCAGGACUGAGGAUUGCUUACACCAACCUCUUAUCAGCAUAGCGUCUACACUGAAGUGCUAAAGCACCAGAGCUGUGCUGCUGUAGUGUUUUAAAUGUAGACAGACACUGAACAAGUUCAGGGUUGUGGAAUAGGGGGCUAAUACUAAAAAUUAUUUCAAGAUCCAUCUCUAGCUAGAAGAUUACUUUUCACAAUAUAUAACCUGGAAUUCUAUUUCUGAUUUGCACCACCACCAGCUUGUCAGUUUAGUGAACCAAUUUUAAAUCAAUUAGGGCAUAGGUCUGACAGAUGGGGGCAAAGAGAACCAGAAUAUAUAAUGUGCAUCUGUUUGUUCCUUUUGCUGCUGAAAGCAAGCCUUUUUCUCUUCCUGUUAUUAUCUUGCAGUAAGGUCAGAACAAUGCAGAGUCUGCAUGGAAAUUGUCAUCAAGUUCAGCAAUAUGACUUCACUUAAACUGAUUACUGACUAUGGGAAUAUGUCCUUAAUUGCUCCUUAUCACAGCUAGCUGCAGUUUGGAUAAGAUAUGCGAAAUAUAUAUGGAGUUCCCAUUUAUGAUGUAGUUUGGCGAUGUUAAACUGUUCUGACCAUCUCUAGAAUCUGCAUGGUUUGGAGCACGAGUUUCAAAUCAAGCAGAGGGAUAGUCUUGAAUUCACAGAAGUUACUUUUAUCAUAGUCAGGAAAGUCUGCUGUUUUGACCAAGUAACAAAGGCUGGAAAAUUCACCAUUUGCAGAUGCAUAACUAAACUUCAUAGAGUUUUGUCCGUUAAAUCUCUUGAUAAUUCCAGUUGCUCUGCACAACUUCCUCUUGUGUCAUUCUAAAGCAGCCAGACAGAACUAAAAUUCCACAUGGGACAUGAAAUGGAUCCGUCUCCUUGAAUGUUCUUGUAUCCUUAGGAUAAAUUCAGUGGGCCAGGAACCAGAAGACUAAACAUUCAAACCUCACUUGGUUAAUAUUUCUGUGCACUUCACAGCCUUACUGAGCAGGGCUUAUACCCCUAUUCUGUGAGGAACACAAGUAUCCACCACGACUACAGAUAGACUUGUAGUGGCAGGGACCUGUGUUAGUCCCACACCGUUUUCCUUUUUGACUGUGCUAUUGUACAGAGAAUUGGACUGUCCCUAUUUAGAACUGUUUCACGAAAUCCCAAACCGUCACACAUGAAUGGAACAUAUACAUUUAAAGGGAAGGGUUUUGAAAAAGCAGUUUACUAUAGAAGGUCUGUAGUAUCUCCAGACUGCAAAUUACUUACAAAUCUGAGCUAGGGAUUGAAUGAUUACCCAAACAAACCCCAAACCUAUUCAUCCCUAUGUACCUUAUAUUGCUGGCCGCAAUAAGUGCUUAUAAACUGUCCCUAUAAAUACCUCUUUUCCUGCUGUAUUAAGUGAUGGACUUAUUGGUAGUUCCUGUGUUAGGUAAGCAAAUAAAGUAACAGUCUACAUACACAUACUUAGUGGGGGGGUUGGACAAAUGACUGAAGAGUCUGCAGUUUAGCUUGCACUGUUUGAGUAAUUUAUUGAAAUUAAGUUCUAAAACCAUAAAUUUUCAACCAAAAAGAAAAGUUUGUGCAUUUUAAUAACUAAAAAUAGUAUUUCAUUUUACUACAGCUAUCGUUUCAUCUUUUUCACUAGCAAAUAUAACGGAUAGAUCAGGCCCCAUGGGAGAUGCUGAUAAAAUCAUGAUUUUGUCCACACUGAGGAUGGACAGACCAGUCGCAGCAAUUAAAGCCAUUGUUGGGAGGGGGCACAAUGAAAGUGGUAACAAAGUUUUAUUUCAAAGCUCCCAAGGACUUGAAUGAAGCCACCUAAUUUUCUUUCUUCUAUAUUCACCCUCACCAUAAAAAUGUUAACAGGGUGGGCCUUGGGUGUCGAGACAGCUAGAUACGCUGCUGCCUAUUUAUAAAAACUUACUCUUUAUGCUAUAGUACUGAGAAUGGUUUAACUGGCUGUGAAUGAGACAAAAAAGUCCUAAAAAACAGAGCUUCUCAUUCCCCCUAGAUUCCAAGUUCAGUUGCUGCAACAAUAGCCACCACUUGCCAGGCCUCGGGGGCAGGGAGUUCUCUUUUAGGGAGCUACUGGGAGCUUUAACUAUCUGACACGUUAACAAGGGCCUGGCCCUUGCUUUCCACUGCAGAAACUUCUUCAACUUACUCUCCCCAAUGAACAUUAAAACACAGUCGGGAGAUCUGUCUAUUAUCAUGCAGGGAAAAAGGCGGCAACAGAGACCCAAAAUUCAAGUCCCCAAACUGAUUCGCAGGCCCAGAAAAUCUAAAAGUCUCAAAAUCCUAGAGGAGAGAGAUCUUGAGAUUGAUACCAGAGGAAAUAAAACCCCUGCUCUGCUGAGUCUGCAUAGUUGGAUGAUCAAAAAAAUCAGUAGUAUCUUCUGGUGUGUGUAAAACCCUAAAGUUACUAAAAAGGUAAAUCUUGCUUUUAGGGAAUCCUACAUCUCAAUAAGUUAAUCCAUCUAAUUAAGGAAACAUUUAAUGUGAUUGAAGAUUUUAUUGAAGGGACCCUUACACAUCUACCAUAUUUUUGAAGCAGCUUCAGGGAACAAAGUAAGGAUUUCUCUGGUUUGGAAUAGGUCCUUUGCAUAGAAGCAUUUAACAAAUCGAUAAAUGUUGAAAUGAACCACCUGGUGAAAAUGGAAUUGACUGGUGUGCUUUCAUUUCUCAUUUCAAUUUGCAAUUCUCCUCGGAACUGCACCAUGAAGUUGUCCAUUUUCUGACAAACAACUUGCCUCCCUUAAUACUCGUCUAGAACACCACCUCCUCCUCUCCCCAUCAAAAAAUUGUUCACUCCCUUCCAUUCUCUCCUGUUUCUUUUCUUAUGUAACUGGAUGUUCCAGUUUUCCCAAUAUGGCAAUAAAAACAAUAUUUCAACCAGUAUUAA